AUGCUCAAGGCUGUUCAGAUCUUGGGUUGGUCAUCAGGGUUAACCAUCUCACAGAGAUUGACCAAGACUCGAAAAUCUUCGAGCUCUACUUUCAUCUCUACAUCUACAAUAAACCCUCUAAAUCUCUUCACUUCGAGCAGCUCUCCUCGGAGAAUCCUCUGUUUCAAAAACUUAACAACCCGAAUGUCUUCCUCACGACCCGGAUCCGACCCAGUUCCAAAUUCUCCGACUUUCGUCUCUGUUCAAUCAGCUGGAGAUGUUCGUAAGAUAAAGUUUUGUCAAUGGUGUGGAGGACCUACGAAGCACGAGAUACCUGAUGGUGAAGAGAAAUUGAGAGCUAUUUGCACACAUUGCGACAAAAUCGCAUAUCAGAAUCCUAAGAUGGUUGUAGGUUGCUUAAUUGAGCAUGAAGAAAAGGUUUUACUUUGCAAACGUAACAUUCAACCCUCACAUGGUCUAUGGACUCUUCCUGCUGGUUAUCUAGAAGUUGGAGAGUCAGCUGCACAAGGAGCAAUGAGGGAAACUUGGGAAGAAGCAGGAGCUACUGUGGAAGUUAUUUCACCUUUUGCGCAACUCGAUAUUCCUCUUAUUGGCCAAACGUAUGUGAUUUUCUUAGCAAAACUGAAGAACCUAAAUUUUGCGCCUGGUCCUGAGUCAUUAGAGUGCCGUCUUUUUGCACUAGACGAGAUACCGUUUGAUUCCUUGGCUUUUUCAUCUAUUUAUGUUACCUUAAAUUUGUACUUGGAAGAUCUGAAAAACGGGAAACUAAAGUUUCACUAUGGUACGAUAAAUAAAAGGCCUGGAAGUAGUCCUUCAGAUAUUCGCGCCUUUACUCUUGAUUACCAUUUGCAGCCUUGA